CCCAAUAAGAGAAAGAUCACCCCAUCUCUUUUCCCGCAGGGCACAUUCCCCGGGUCUCAGCUGCGCAUCGGGCUUUUUUAAAAAAGGAAACCUAGAAUUACUCAAGCAAGUAUUUCCAUCUACUCUUAGAGUAGACUUCGAUGAGUGGGCAUUGGUUUUUGUUCUCGAAACAUUGCCGCCGAAGCCCUGGCCUCUAAAGGUUGCCAACGUCCCUUGCUAUCUUACGACAGACCCAGCUGACAACGGACCUAUGGUCCCCCUUGUGCAUAGAAGCCGUGCUCGCAUUACCUUGGGUGACGGCUUAUACCUUCGAGAUGCCGAGCAUCUGGUCGAUCAAGUGUUUAACAUUCUCCGAGAAUUUUUUGAUCAGUUUCCAAUACAGGUAACUGAGAUCCAAUAUUGGCGCAGUGUCAUAAUCAUUGUUCUAGUCUCCGCAGAACAUGAGAGCUUGGAAAAUGUCCCUAAGUCGGUUGGGGGCUGUCCCUGCUUCUAUUUGAAAGAAUCGGAUAUGGACUGGCCUGCGGAACUGUCCGCCCUUCGAGCUUCACAGCCAACCGGGAAUUCAUUUGACACCAGUGAGUAUGAGCCACUGCGACCAGGGGUUAUGGUCAACUCUGGAGGGCACCCCGCCGAAGGAUGUGAUUUCACGACUUCGUCAGGCGUCAUGGUCAGAGACGCUUCAGGGCAGACAUUUAUGACGGCUGCAGCCUAUGGUUUCCCGGGAUAUCCCUUCACAAACAAGGUGCAUCACCCCAACUUUCGCGGAAAGGAAAUUGGCGAAGUUGUCGUCAAGUCAAGCCAUAGUGAUGUCGCUCUCGUGAAGCUGAAGGAGAAUGUCACUUUUAUUAACGAACCAUUCGAGAACAGCAUCCUCCCCGGGGGACUCUUUGUACUAAGGCAAUUUGCCAGGGCUAGUGACACCCGCAUUGGUAACAAUGUUUACAUGGAUAGCCCAUUUUCAGGUUUUAUUGAGGGUACUAUAGGCAUCCAUACUCUUGUGCGUGUCCCGAGAAACGACCCUGAUGAACCUGAGCAGGCUUGGAUUCGGUGCCACUGGAAUUACAUGGGUCAAGGAUCCAGCGCACAGAUGCCUGCUGGUGUGUGUGGUUCCGCUAUAUGGGACGACGACCAUAAAGUUCAAGGUUUCUUUCGAUAUGCACCACAAUCCGGGCGCUUUCAAGAUUGGUGUCUGACAGUUGCAGCCGACCAUCUCAUUGACCGAGGCUAUACAUUGGCGUAG